AUGGCCCAACUUAUCACCAAUAUCGUACAGAAUGUCGGAGGCGGCAUUGGCCUCGUGUCAGAAGCCUACAAAGCCCGCAAGGCGAACAAGAAACAAUCAAAAGUGGAGAACGAUGCACAACUUGAGUCCUUGCCAGACCAGGGAAUAUCGACCCACAACCUUGAAGAAGAGGCAUGGGAGCUCGAUGAAGCCCAAGACGAUCUCAUCGGCGAACCCGGAACUCAACAACCAGAUGAACCAACAGACCCAAGCACUCUUGCCGACGCAUUUAUCUCACGAUUACCACCAUCCUCACUCACCGCUGGACCAUCUCUCUCAAACGAAAAGCUCCCCUUUCCAAUCAUCAUCCCCCAACGCCGACCUAAAGACCGCAGCCGCGGUAUAGUAAGAGCCUACCCACCUAUCCUCUCCUCCCGCAAUAUCUCUCAAACCACCUUCCUCGACUUCCUCGAAACCUUCAACAAGUCCACUCAAGCAUCAAAAUGGAUAGCAGCCCUAAACCUCGCAUCCAUAGGAACAAUCUGGUUACCCACUGUAACUUCCAUCCUCGUAUCCAUGGCCAUCACCGCAGCCACGACAGCAGCAAUGGAAGUCCAAGGCCGCUACAAAACAAACAGAUUCUUGGAUAACAUCAACAAGGAGUUUUAUAUGCCUAAAGGAUUGUUUUGUUUGGUCUUGACUUGGAAUCCUGAUAUUGGUGAUGCAAAGACUACUGUCAGUUUUGAAGAUAUGGCGGCAAAAGUUAUGAACGAACAGAACGGACAUUUGACAUCUCUCCACAAGUCCAACGGCAAGACUUAUGGAGAGUUUCAAUGGCCUGAGAUUACGCCGUUGGUAUAUCCCGGUCUUGAUGCUCUAGCCACGACUUCAGGCGAGGUAGCACAAACCAAAAAGGCUUCUUUGCAAAAGAAGAGGCGGUUUGUGGAAGAUUACAUGGACAGAAGAGCGCAAGCCAAGUUUGCCAUGGAGAGUCCGAGUAGCGCUCUAGCUGCAGGCCCAAAGCCAGAGUUUUCUUCUCGCUUUGCGGACCCGAGUCAUCCAGCUAACAGCGGUUCUCUAAUUGCUUUGCUCUCGGGCGGAGCGAUUCAGAUGCCUGAGCGUAGUAACGUAUCGAGUGGUCGUGGCGGACUUGGAGGUAGUCGCACAAACAUGAGUGCUGCACGUUUUGACUGGAGUCACAGUGGCAUGACUACGCGAGGUUUGGGCGGUCGAGGUGCGCUUGGAAGAGACUUCGGUGGGUCUACUGAGACUGCGCAAGCCAGAGAUGAGCCCUCGGAGGCCAUUAGGGGAAUGCAGCGCGGGUUGGGAGCAGUUCGCGGCGGACGAGGCGGCAGCAGUGCAGGUCCGCUGGGAAUGAUGCAGAAGGUCAUGAAGAAGGAUGUUUUGUACCUCCUCAUUGUCGACAUGCCUUCGGACACUGAAUUGGCUGCAGCACAAGGGACUGCAUCGGAGCUGUUGGCUAGCCAGACCAGGACUUGA